UCCCGCUCUCAUCAGCAGUUCCCUAGAAACAUAUUCCAGCUGAGAGAGAGAGAGAGAGAGUAGAAGGGCCUAGCUUUUAAAUAUGAGAGCAUGCCCCAUAAGUUGUACAGCGGUAUGCUCCAUGCCAGUGUUUUCUGAGUAUUCUCAUUGUCUUCGCUUAAGCUGAUAAGGUCAAACAGCAGUUCAGCACAUGCUCUAGAAAACCCAAAGACGUUAAUCAAAUGACAAGAGGUAAUCCUUGCCAGUUGCCAGGGAUGUUGCCGAAUUAUGAUCCUAACGAUAGUGAAGCUGGCAUGAAGAUACUGGAGGACCUUACGGAAAAUGUUGAACAAAUACAGCAGCGGGUAUUAGAGGAGAUAAUAACACGAAAUGCGCGUACGGAUUAUCUUAAGGGCUUCCUGGAUGGACAGUUUGACAAGCAAGUUUUCAAAAAGACAGUUCCAGUGGUGAAUUACGAAGAUAUCAAACCUUAUAUUGAGCGAAUUGCCAAUGGGGAUUCAUCAAACAUCAUUUCUGCUGAACCAAUCAUUGAGUUGCUCACAAGCUCCGGCACUUCGGGUGGGCAGCCAAAGAUGAUGCCUUCAACUGCUGAAGACUUGCACAGAAAGACAUUCUUUUAUAAUCUGCUUGUGCCAGUGAUGAACAAGUAUGUAGACGGCUUGGACGAAGGAAAAGCAAUGUAUCUUUUGUUUGUUAAGCCGGAGACUAAAACUCCCUCCGGUCUAAUGGCGAGGCCUGUCUUAACAAGCUACUAUAAGAGUAAUAAUUUCAAGAAUCGACCCUUCAACCGCUUCAAUGUUUACACUAGUCCUGAUGAGACCAUCUUGUGCUCUGACAGCAAGCAGAGCAUGUAUUGUCAAUUACUUUGCGGUUUAGUACAACGACAAGAGGUUUUAAGAGUUGGUGCAGUUUUUGCUUCUGCUUUCCUACGGGCCAUCAAGUUCUUGGAACAUAAUUGGAAAGAGCUCUGCUCCAACAUUAGAACGGGUCAUGUCAGUGAUUGGAUCACUGACCCCGGUUGCAGAAAAGUAGUAUCACUAGUUCUCAACAAACCCAAACCGGAGUUAGCCGACUUGAUCGAACAUGAAUGCAAUAGUAAAUCCUGGGAAGGGAUAAUUAAGAAACUCUGGCCUAGAACAAAAUACAUUGAAGUUAUUGUUACAGGUUCCAUGGCACAAUAUGUAUCUACUCUUGAAUACUACAGUGGUGGGCUACCUUUGGUUUCCACAAUGUAUGCUUCUUCAGAAUGUUACUUUGGGAUCAAUUUCAAACCACUGAGCAAGCCUUGGGAUGUCUCUUACACCCUUAUCCCGAAUAUGGCUUACUUCGAGUUCUUACCUGUGAAGAAAAAAAACGAAGAUGGAGCUCAAUAUGUCCAAUGCAAUGGUGUUUGCAAAGAAAAUUGCAUGGAAAAAGAGACCGAAAAGGAAGAUGUUGAAACUGUUGAGCUCGUGGAUGUUAAGCUUGGCCAGUAUUAUGAACUCGUUGUCACAACUUUUACAGGCCUGUAUAGAUAUAGAGUUGGAGACAUUCUAAUGGUAACUGGAUUCCACAAUAAAGCUCCUCAAUUUCGAUUCGUGCAUCGGAGGAAUGUCGUUUUAAGCAUUGACACAGACAAAACCAGUGAGGAAGACCUGUUAAAGGCAGUGACAAAAGCAAAGGUCAUUGUUGAGUCGCUUGGUAUCCUCUUGAUCGAGUACACUAGCUAUGCCGACACUUCCUCUAUACCAGGCCAUUAUGUGCUAUUCUGGGAGAUCACAAGCAAAGGGAAUAAUCAUCUUCCAGUACUUGAUCAUAAGAUAAUGGAGCAGUGUUGCUCCACGGUGGAAGAAUCUCUUGAUUCUGUUUAUAGAAGAUGUCGGAGAAAGGACAAUUCAAUUGGACCAUUGGAGAUAAGAGUGGUGCAACAUGGAACAUUUGAUGCACUCAUGGAUUUCUGUGUGUCUCAAGGAUCUUCUGUUAACCAAUACAAGACACCAAGAUGCAUCAAAUCUGGGGAGGCCAUUAACAUAUUAGAUUCUAGGGUGGUAGCAAGGUUUUUCAGCCAAAAGGCACCUUUUUGGGAGCCUGUUUAGGGUGGAAACUGAAUAAAGAAAAUGAAGCAGAAUAUUGCAUUUUCCCUCCUGGAAUCUGUAAAAGAAAUUGUAUUGUAGACGUUCUUUUGUCUUUUGUUUUUUUUUCCUUUCAGUGUCUGCUUCUUCUGUAUUAAAAAUAGACAUUUAGACUAUGAGACAACUCUAUCUCCUUUUGUACGACUCUCUGUCUAGUCCAUAAUCAAAGAUAAUUCUUCUUCUAAUAA